AUGUUAAAACUGCUUUUUGAGGAGGAGACACCUCUGCGCGAGGAAGGUGCUGCAAAGCUAAUCCUGCCAAGGACUGCCAGAGACCUGUUGCGCAGCAGAGUCGGGGCGGAGGUGAUUGACGAUUUCAAGAUCACCAAGCCUAUUUACCAGGCAAUUCGCAAAGUGCCACAAUGGGAUCGAGAAUCGGCCCCAUUCUACACGAUCACCCACAGUAGUCACGGAGAGAUGACCAUCGGCGAUCUUCGCGUUCGCGGACACGCCGGUCCGUACGAGGAUGAACCGGUCGAAGCGGCGGUCGAGCACUACUGGGAGAGACUGGCCACGGGGAAUGCCGAUUUCUGGUAUGGAGCUGGUGUCGCCGGCUCCGUGUUCCAGGACAGGAGUUUGGUGUUCAACGUGGACAACAUCCCAUCAUUGCUCGACCAGUUCGUGGAGGGCGAGGGCAUUACCAGUAAAACCUCCUUCAUUGGAGUUUGGGGCUCCUCCUUCCCAUGGCAUUCUGAGGAUAUGCGCCUGUGGAGUGCCAACGUCCUACUGUACGGGGCACCAAAAUACUGGUAUGUGUUGCCUGCUUCCCAGUCGCAGAAGCUAGAGGAACUGGCGGAUGCCUAUGCCUAUGAGUCAGCAAAUUGCACGCAUUACAUGAUGCAUAAACGCAGCCAAAUCUGCCCUUCAUUCUUGAGUAGAAGAGGCUUCACUCCCAGGACGACCGUCCACACACAGGGAGAAAUAAUGGUUGUAGCCCCAAAUGCCUACCACAUGGGUUUUAACCUGGGGUUGAACAUCGCAGAGUCCAAAAAUUUUGCCACUCACUCGUGGAUCAAAGAUGGGAAGGAAGCGAAGUCGUGCAGCUGCAGGGGUCGUGCCAGGGCAGGCGCUGUCUUCGACAUGGGACCAUUCUCUAAGCUCAAACCUCCGCGCGAUCUUUAUCAACCCUCCACCGUAGUCAAGUCUAGGCCACUUUGCACUUUACCUUAA